AUGUUUGGAAACGUAUUUGUGCGCAGAGGACCAGGCAUAGUAGCAGGCAUGGAACCUGCGAGUAUUAGGAGCUCCUUUUCCAGAAGUGGCUUGCCGUUUGGGCUCGCUGCAGGCUCCAGAAGGAUGUAUCAUCCAAAAGUCAUCGAUCACUACACAAAUCCCAGGAACGUGGGCUCCUUCGACAAGAAACUCCAAGACGUGGGCACGGGACUUGUCGGUGCGCCUGCGUGCGGCGACGUGAUGAAACUGCAGAUCCAGGUGGACGACAAGACUGGCGUGAUCAAGAACGUGAAAUUCAAGACUUUUGGAUGCGGGUCCGCAAUCGCGUCCAGUUCGUACAUGACGGAACUGGUACGCGGGAUGACGCUGGAAGACGCCGCCAAGAUCAAAAACACAGAGAUCGCACGCGAACUGAGUCUGCCUCCGGUCAAACUGCACUGCAGUAUGCUCGCCGAAGACGCCAUAAAAGCCGCGAUCAAGGACUACAGGUCCAAGAGAAAGGCUACGGUGUUGAAAUAG